UAUGAAGGGUUUAAUUUAAUUUUUUUCUAAAGAAAAAUUUUGAAUUGAAGUGAAAUAACAACACUUUUGUAAGUGUUUUAUUUUAUUUAUAGAUGGUUUACUUAAUCUAAGCUAAAUAACGAACAAAAACGCACGUGCAUCCAUUUUCGGGCUUAGAUCCGUUUAAAAAAAAAAAAAAAAAGGGAAAAAUCCAAAAUCUUUAGAAAUUGCCAGCCCAUUUCCUUCCUUCUUUUUCGAACUUCUUCGUUCGAAAAAGAAGCCCCAAAAAAGCCAUCAAAUUUCAUCUCUCUUUAAAUCUUCAAACCCUAAUCUUCGUUUUCCCUCGAAAAUCAUUAAUUUUUCUGGUUUGGUCAUCGGUAAGUAUUCAAAUUCCCUAUUCAAUUUCUCGUCUGAAUUCAAGGCUGGGGUUUCCUAGCUCCUUAGCUGAAAACCCUAAGUGUAAUUUCUCUUUCUAGGAAAUCUUUGAAAAGCUUGAUGUUUUAAUUUAGAUAAGGAGAUUAUCAAUGAGGAAUACUUGUCUUUAUAAUUCAAAAAAUCCCAAAUUUCAUGGGAUUUUCAAUGGAUUAUCUGCUUUGAUUCUAUUUUUCUUUUUCUACACCCGGCUAGAUUUCUUAAGAAACCCUCAUAUUGGCCAAUCGUCUCGGCUUAUUAACCAUUAUUCGAAUAAAGGAAGUGAUUAUGCUGGUGGGUUUGAUCAUGUCAGUGCUAUUCGUCGAAAAAUUAGUGAACUUGAUGCUAAUUCAUCAAAUUUAGCUGUUAGGAAUGGUCAACAGAAUGAGUUGAAUGUAAGCUUGAGCAACCCUUCUUUGUGUUCUGGAUUGCUUGAUCAUAAGGGUUUUGCUAAUCAAUGUGAGUUCUUGAAAGCGAAUCCGCAAUGUUCUUCGGAUGGAUUCUUUGAUUACAUUAAGUUUUUCUAUUGUGGUUGUGGAGAAUUUAGGUUCGUGGGCUAUUUGAUGUUGGGCUUUUGGCUUGCUGCUUUGUUUUAUCUAUUGGGUAACACUGCAGCGGAUUACUUUUGCUGUUCAUUGGAGAAGCUUUCUUAUCUGCUUAGGUUGCCUCCAACUGUUGCUGGGGUUGCACUCCUUCCGUUGGGAAAUGGGGCGCCGGAUGUGUUUGCAAGUAUUGCUGCGUUUUUGGGGACGGAUACGGGUGGAGUGGGUCUUAAUAGCGUGUUGGGUGGUGCGGUUUUUGUUUCAUGUGUUGUUGUAGGGACUGUCUCCCUUUGUGUAGCGGAGAAGGGGAUCCAGAUUGAUAAAAGAUGCUUCAUUAGAGAUAUCUGUUUCUUCCUCUUUACACUCAUGUCACUUACAAUGAUAUUGGUAAUUGGUAAGGUGAGUGUUGGGGGUGCCAUUGCAUUUGUCAUGAUAUAUGUGAUUUAUGCAUUUUCUGUGGCUGCAAAUGAGAUUUUGGGGAAACAUGCACGGAGCUUGAAAUUCGAUGUUGUUACACCUUUGCUUCCUGUCCGAGGAAGUCUGUUUUCACAAGGAAGUGAAGAGGACAUUUCUAUAAGUAGUUCUCUUCUUGAUGUGGACACUGAAAAUGAUCCACCCCAGCUCCCUAGUUCCCUGCCACAGUGGAUGUGGGCUUCAAAUGUUGCUAUAUAUUCAAAUCACUUCAUGAAGUUCAGUCCAUUAGAUGAAGAGAGGCCUCCAUGGGGUUGGACCGAAGAGGGCAUGGAAACUAAUGACUCAUCAUUCUCAUGUUCUAAAUUAAUAUCGCUCCUGGAGUUGCCACUGACAGUUCCAAGGCGGCUAACAAUUCCUUUAGUUGAGCAGGAAUCAUGGUCAAAACCAUAUGCUGUAGGUAGUGUUUUAUUGGCUCCUAUUCUAUUGGCAUUUCUGUGGAAUAGCCAAGGUGAUGUGGGCUCCCAGGGCCGUGUGCUUUCAUGGUUUAUUGGUGUUGCAGUUGGUUGCACUCUUGGUAUUCUUGCAUAUAAGCAUACUGAAUCUGAUCAUCCGCCUCGGAAGUUUUUAAUUCCUUGGGUAUUAGGGGGAUUUUUGAUGAGCAUUGUCUGGUUUUAUAUGAUUGCUAAUGAGCUUGUGGCACUGUUGGUAGCAUUUGGUGUGAUUUUUGGAAUUAAUCCAUCCAUUCUUGGAGUAACUAUUCUGGCGUGGGGCAAUUCAAUGGGUGAUUUGGUGUCAAAUGUUGCACUAGCAAUGAAUGGUGGUGACAGUGUGCAGAUUGCCUUGUCUGGCUGCUAUGCGGGUCCCAUGUUCAACACACUUGUUGGCUUGGGUAUCUCAAUGCUGCUCGGAGCUUGGUCAAAGAGUCCUUCCUCAUACUUGGUUCCACAGGAUGGCAGCUUGUUUUAUACCAUGGGGUUUCUCAUGUCAGGACUAGUCUGGGCACUUAUAGUUUUGCCUCGGAAUGACAUGCAGCCUAGCAAGAUAUUAGGAGUGGGUCUUAUAAUGCUCUAUCUAAUAUUUCUUUCUUUCAGGGUGAGCAGUGCCAUGGGACUUCUAUCACUGGGUGGUUUAAGGUGAUUUUUGUUUUGGUUGUAAUUAGACAGACCAGGUAUAGCAACAUGUUACAAAAGAGCGGUCAAGUUAUCAUUUUCCAACAGCCAUUGACUAUCAGGUUUUUAUGGCAGAGAAAGCCAUUGUUGUUUCUCCUUACACAAUGUAAGCUUACAGAUGUAACCUCAACUGACUCCGUUGUGGGCUUCCAGUAUUUGUUGGAAAAAUCUGUCAAACUACUUCAUCUGUAAAUUCUACCGCCAUUGAUAUACUGGGAACAUGUCUCAUACUUUUGUUUAAUCAUUUAGUAUCCCUUAAGCUUUGGACUUGAUUGUCCCUGGGCACCCCCUUAUAUAUAGUGGUUGUUAAUUUUGCAUCAGGUUACAGCCAAGCGUCUACAAAUUUCUCAGCUGCAUAUGACUCGUGCAUCCCUUAUCUGACAGGAACCUGUUCUUACUUAAUCUUUCCAGUAGUAAGAUUUGUUGUGCGGUACCUUGAAAAAGUAGAACCAAAUUUAGUUACAAAGAGAUUAAUGUAAAUCCGACGAGCUACUUUUGUACUUCCAUGCACUCAGGAAGAAUUAAAAUCUGUUGAAGGCCUUCAACCUGCUUCUAGAUACUGCAAAGAGGAAUGGAGUUGUAUUUUCCCUUGGGUCUGCUGCUAUUUUAGUUGCACGUUUCACUUAAAGAUGCCAAGCAGUUUCACUUGCUAUACUUCAUGCAAGUCCGAAUGCCUCCCGUGUAACUGCUUCUUGGAGAAUACUACUUGUCUCAAGUGUUAGAAUUGUGAGGGACAUUCAUGCCCCACUUCCGCUUGCUGCUGUUUUGGGCCAUUCUUCGAUAAAUGUUAGAAGGUAAAUUCUUGGAGUGGUUGUAGAAAAGCCAGUUAUAGCUCUUGUUGUCAAUAAACAUCCGUA